AUGUCCUCUUCUGUUGUCGAAGCGGCCACGGCUGGAACUUCGCCGCAUCUCCGCGUGUCCGCGGCCAAGAGCCAGGAUCCCCAGGCCACAGCACACGAUGGCCAGCCCUCCGUGAGGAUUGCGCCUCCAGAAAAGUCAGCUGUUGAGGAUCAUUUUUUCUGGACCUAUACGGAAGAGCCCCAUCGAUCGAGGCGAUUGGCUAUCAUCAAAGCCCAUCCAGAAGUCACCAAGCUCUGUGGACCGGAGCCAUUGACCAAAUAUGUCGUUCUGGGAGUCGUGUCUCUUCAAAUCCUCUGCGCCUACCUCCUCCGCAAUACUUCCAUGCUGUCCUGGAAAUUCCUCGCAACUGCAUACGUGAUUGGGGCCACGUCCAACCAGAACCUCUUCCUCGCAAUUCAUGAGAUCUCACACAAUCUUGCCUUCCGGUCCGCAAUAGCAAACAGAUUACUGGCGAUCUUCGCCAAUCUGCCCAUUGGCUUGCCCUAUAGUGCUGCCUUCAGGGUAUGUGGCCACCCCGAACCUCAAACAAGCUCCCGCACGCUCAAGACGGGUCGUUACCGCCCCUACCACCUCACCCAUCACAAGUCCCUCGGUGUGACCGGACUGGAUACCGAUCUCCCCACCGCCGUGGAAGCCUUCUUCCUGGAUUCGCUCCUGGGCAAGGCAUUCUUCUGCACCUUCCAGAUCUUCUUCUAUGCCGUCCGGCCCAUGUUCAUCUACAGCCCGCCCUUCACAUACAUCCACCUCCUCAACCUCGCCGUCCAGCUCUCCUUCGAUUACUUCCUCAUCCAGUUCUGCGGCGGUUCCAUCCAACCCGUCCUCUACCUCCUCAUGAGCUCUUUCCUCGCCGGCUCCCUCCACCCCUGCGCCGGCCACUUCAUCGCGGAGCACUACUUCUUUUCGCAGGUCUCGCACGGUACCGAGUCCCUCCAGGAGCUCCAGAACCCGAAGGGGGAGAAUUCCACCACGGCGGCCCCGCAUCCGCUGGACUCCCUCCCGCCUCCGGAAACAUACUCCUACUACGGGCCCCUCAACUUCUUCACCUACAACGUCGGCCUACACAACGAGCACCACGACUUCCCCGCGAUCCCGUGGACCAGACUGCACGAACUGCACCGCGUCGCCAAGGAGUUCUACGAGCCCCUGCCCUGCCACCACAGCUGGGUGUGGGUGAUCUGGACGUUCAUCUUGGAUAAGAACGUGGGCAUGUGGUGUCGCGUCAAGCGAGCGCAGGGUGGUCGUCUCGUAGGAGGUGGCGGAGGUGGCAACGGUCGUGGUGGAGAGGGCAUCUCGGCUUCCUCGUCGGCUGGUCCGCAGGAAUCCGGGGAUGGAUGGAAGGAAAGCGAGAUCCAGAACUGA